GCCACAGCGGGCACAGCCUCACUGCCUCAGCAGGCCAGGGCCAAGGCCUGAUGGCUUGGUUGUUUGGUUCUAAAAAUCAACUGAAUAGGAGAGCUGGUCACCGCACUGUUUCAUCAGGUGAUUCACUGUAUAUGUGGGGUGGUCAGGAUAUUUUACCUGGAGUACAUGAUAGUGAAGAGAAGAGGAGGAUCACUAGUAAUAUAGAGCACUUUACUCCUUCAACUGGUCAAUGGAUCACUAGAGAUACUACUGGUACUCCUCCAUUAGGAGUGAGAGACUACUGCUGUACUGCAAUAAAUGAUCAAUUGUAUUAUUUUGGGGGAUGGUGUGGCCAUGCCAGCUGCUAUCACAACAGUAUUACACAACUGGAUACCGUUAGUCUUCAAUGGAGAGAAUUAGAAGCAACUGAUGCAACUAGACCAGUUAUGAGGAGAGGUAGUGGUGGGAUCAUAUCAUUUGAACAUGAUGGAGUAUACCAUUUACUAAUGAUAGGAGGGUAUGGAUCUAAGCCAGCUGUACAACUACCUCGUUUUAAAUAUAUUAUUCUACCUAGUGGAAACUGGCGUACUAAUGAGCACUCAAUAUAUAAUCUAUCAUCAAGAAAAUGGGAUAAUCCUUCAAUCAUUGGUGAGUGUAUACCACCUGUUAGUACCUUUAUCAUUGAAAAGAUCAACAACACUAGAGCUGUUCUAUUUGGUGGACGAGAGACUGAAGAUGAUGAUGCUAAGGAUACUUAUACAAACAAUAUUUAUAUAUUAGAGAUAGCAAUCAGCACUGUGGUAUGUUGAAUUACAUCAUUUUACAUGUGUACUGAAUGCACACAUAU